UUUCGACAUCAAAUUUUUUAGGUUCGAGCAGUUUACCCUUCCAACUUCCUACCGGUUGACAUAUUUUUAGAUACACCCAGUUUUCAAUUCCUAAAUCCAAACCCAAAUGCUUAGCGUUCAAAACAGUGAGACUUGAGCUUUGUCCCAGAUCAAUCAAAAAAGGAGCCUGUUUUUCUCAAAAUCCGUGGCUGAUUUUCCCCAAGUGGGUGGCUGAUUUUCCCAAAGUCGGUGGCUGACUUUCCCAAAGCCGGUGGCAUUUUCUUAAAGACGGAACCAGGUUCUAUCCGUAUAGCGUUUCUGCACAACAGAGGCAGGUUUUUCUCAUUUCCGCGGCGAGGUGAUGCUUCUCACGAACCAAACUGUCCUCAAACCAAAUAUGGUUUUACCACCAUCGGCGGCAUUUUCCCCAACAACCUUAAACCCAAUUUUGAAUACAUCGACCUCUUCUUGUUUCAGGCAGGAUAAUAUGACAUUUUGUGUUUUUUCUUCCUGUGAGUGCGCUUGCUCUUUGUCAUGCUUGCUGAGAUUUGGUUAGCGUCACCUGUUUCGCACUUGCGUGCUUCCAUGCUCUUCCGCUGGUGUUUUCUUUCUGCGCUGUCCAGAUUGGAUGACAAAUUUGAGCCACGGGAACGAGAUAGAGCACCUUGACAAACUUCAUGCAUGAUGGAAUUGGGAAGCACUCUGGUUCAGACAGGAUUUUGGACUAGAACAAACCUUUCAAGCUCAGGAGAGUUGAUACAUUGAGUGUCAACCAUGUUUUUGUCACCUCUGUCCUAGAAAAGUUUAAGGGUAGGAACAUUCCUUUUCGAAGCCAUGGCCCGCCAACGAGCUGGUCAAUCACGCUUCAAACUGUUAGUUGCUAUUGUGAUUGUCGUGCUGUGCUUCUUGCACCUGCCAAUCAACGGCUCGCAAACUCUAGCAGUACCAGGUUCAGGCAGAGAAACUACUAGAGCAAGCCUAGAGAAGUUGACAGUGAGAAAACUGAAGACAAAGCUGCGCGAGAAGGGUUUGAAGGUGUCAGGGCGAAAAGCAGACCUUGUGGAGCGGCUGGUGAAAUACACGGCAAUGGAGUCAAUGGAGAUAAAGAGGGUGAGAAGUGGCAAACGUGAGAUUCCAGAAGCACUGAAACUCGCUGACCCUGCUACCGAUGUCUUCAUCCCUUUGGACGAAACAGUUCAACAGCUUGAAGCUCUGUUGCAAAAGAAGAGGGUUGUUUUCAUUCGUGCUGGUGUGGCUAGCGGCAAGUCUACGUUAGCAAAAUAUCUCUGUACAGUACAACCAUCCAAGUAUUUGCAAGUCGUUGCCCCUGGGAAUGCAACCUCUCAGCACUGGCAGAGAAGGUUCAGGGCAGCUUUGGAGAACGAGCCUGCCGCUCCUGAUGUAGCGAAACGAAGCAUCGAAGAUGCAGUCAAAUAUGUACAUGACAAUGAUCGGGUGCUGGUCUUUGAUGAGUGCCACUUGCUCUUCAGUUGUCCGGACUUCUUAAACAUGUUCUUGAAACCUGGACACCUACUGCAGCCUCCCAUGAUGUUGUUGCUAUCAGCUGCAUCUGAAGCUGUGGACAUGCAUGGAGCUAUCUCACAAACACCUGCGGAAAUUACUGGAAAAUACAUGUGGACGCCCCCAAUUCCACAUGCCAAAGCUCUUGUUAAUCAACUUGCCCAGGCUGAUGUGUAUUUGUCUGAAACAGCCAUUGAUUUCUUUAUGAACCUUUGUGACACAGAGGUAUUUUCAUGAGAGCCAUGGAAUGGGUGCAGGAAAAGCAGAGCAGGAACAGCGCUCCGUGGAAUUUGACUCGCGCCCUUGGGGAGGCUAGCCUAGCAUGGGACACAGAGAAUUGGAUUCAUGCCCCAGAUGAUAGCUUGAUGAGGAAACUUCAGGCUAGUCGGGCCAUUCGUGUGAACGGGCGUUUUGCAAGCUUGGAGAACGUACCAGAACAAUUUAUGAAAGUCUUGUGCGAGGGUCCAACUGAUGAUAUCGCAAUAUCUCUCCGCCGCGAGCUCACAAUUUGUGGUUUUGUACUUCCUGCUCAAGACAAGAUGGAGGCGGAGCAAAAUGAGUUUCAGCGACUGGAUUGGGCAGACGUGGGGAGAAAGUAUUGCGUCGCCAAUUACCUGAUGGCUUCCUAUUACCGCUCAGUGCUUGCAGUCAAGCGGCAGCUGACAGUGGAUGUAGACAGAAACCCAGUUUCUUGCACAGAUCUGCUUUUGCGAGCGCUGCCAUAUUUGCUUUUUGCAGAUGUGGUGGUGGCCACAAUAGGGAAAGAUAAUGUUCUACCUGAUGUUUCACAAGAGCAGCUCCCAUUUGAGGUUCAUUACACCUUUGCUUUAAUUCGCGUGUUGAAGCGCUUGGGAUUUCGAACCGUAAGUAGUUUGGAGAGCCCACGUAUGGGGAAGGUUGACAUCUAUUGUACAAUACCGGACGGUUCAACUUUCGCCAUUGAAGCGGUCAUGGCUGCCCGCAGAGCAGCUGAAAUUAAAAAACAUCGAAAUCGCUUUAAGAAUGUGUCGAAGACAAACUACGCAAGUGCCAAGCACAAGUGUUUGCUAAUCAUUGGAAGGAAGGGCCACCAAUUGAGAAAACUUGUGCAAGACACGUGGGGUGGUAUAGAGGGUAUAGAGAUUGUUGGACUUGCUGCCAAUUCAGCACACACCGGCUACCAUGUCUAUGUCAAGCAGCAAGAGCAGCAAGGUAAGGAAGUCUUGGACUUCUACAUCCCAUGUGAUGGAGUUGCAAGGAGCUUUUCCUUCAAGGAUGAAGAACCAUUCUUUGAGAUCAGUUCUGCCCAGAAGUUCAAAUCCAUUCAGCCAGGCCCCGCCACUGGAACCUAGACCAAAGCCGUUUGGGUGAGGCAAUUGCAGAAGGACGGUGAUACAUUCGAGCAGAUUGGCAACCCGUUCAAAGUCACCGGAGAGCUGGCAGACGUGGAUGACCUUAAGAAAGCAAUUAAGGCAGAGAAGCCGAACAAAGUGAAGUGUGACGCAGAUGAAAUUGAUAUUUUUAGCCAACAGGAUGGAAGUUGGAUUAGAGAAGAAAAGAUGUCGGCAAGCCUUCGCGACACGGAUGAGACAGAUUGCUAUGGCUUCACAUUGCCAUCAGCGUGAGUGCUUUUCUCAGCAGCGUUACGCCUAGCGUUCCACUUGUCUUGCCCUUCUGUGGCUGAGGUGAAGCCAAUUGAGAGCAAGGG